UUGUAAGGUACAAUACACAACUUUGACACUCAGGAAAACAUUCAUCUUGCCAUAAUAACAAAAGCAGUAAUUAUACUGUAUUAAUUUGGCAGCAGGUCAACAAUUAUUCACACACAUUCACUGACAAUGUGCCAGAAACCAAGCAUGUUUUUCUGUAAACAAAUGAUAACUAAUAAAGGAUUAGCACUAAUAUUCUUCCUUAUCACUUAUCACUGUGCCAGACAGAGAAGGAAUAUAGCAUAGACAUUUCAGCUGUUGAGUGGAAAGGUAGCAAUCCACAGUGUGCCGUCUAAAUUAUCAUGGCUUCCCUGCUACAGGAUAUACUGUAUGAAGUCCAGGGCCAAGCCCCUGCUCCCAACAAAGACCUUCAUCACCUCGUCGUCAUGAAAACUCAGGUAAUACUAAGAUCCUGGAAGAUUUCUGUCCGUGCUGAGCACAGAAAAGUUUUGCCAAGAGAAGUAAAGAAAACCCACAGUGACUUUUUGGAGGACAUUGGCUUUCAGAAGCAGGUACAAAGGAUCUUCGGCAAAGAAACAAUAGAAUAUGUGCUCAGUACAUGCAGGGGAAACUGUGAUUUCAUAGUCCGGCUCCCAGAUGAUCUCAAAAUUCGUAUCUUCUCUUUUCUUGACACAAAUGAUAUCAAACAUAUGUCAGAAACAUGCAAAGCUUUUCAGAAGUUGUGCAGCAGUGAGGAGUUUUGGGAAAAAAUCAAAGCAAGGCAAGAGAAAAGUAUGAGCAAUGUUCCUCGGAUUGGCUUUCCAGGUUCUCUAAAGAUAAAAAAUACUAAGCAAAUGGCAGAGCGUUCAGCCUGGUUUCAGAGAAGAAGAAGAAGCACUUUGUUUUAAAGAAAAUCAAGAUUUCCAACAAGCACAAGUAAUAAAAUCCUUCAGACCGGCUCUAUCCUACAUUGUGGCUCCCCGAACCCUUCCACUUUCAUUUUAAUGUAGACCCCAAUCUUUUAUACUCUAUGUG